AGAUUUGAUUGGUUUGGAGGCUAAUUCUAGAGGAAAAGCUGCAGUUGAGCCUUCAUUUGGUUGCAGAGUGAGAUACUAGUAUUGGUCCUCGCGGCGGUCAGUAGCUUUUGCUCGGAUUCAGUCGUUAUCGGAGACUUGAGAUGGUGCAAACGGUAUCUAUAGUCGAAUAGGAGCCGCAUUCCCUUGUUGCAACUACUACCAAGGGAGAGGUCGAGACAGAGGUCAAGCUAGAGGUCGAGGAAGAGGCAUGGCUCAUACUAGAGCUCGAGUAGCAACACCCACAGUGGAGCCUUAGAUUGAUCAUGAGGAAGAGAUCCCAGCUUAGAUCGUACCAGUUGAACCAGCUCAGGUCCCGGAGGGAUUCAUAGCUACUCUAGUGCUUAAGGACUCUCUAGUACGCUUGGUGGACCUUAUGGAGAGUGUGGCCGAGAGCGGUGCAUUUCUGGUGGCACCAGCCAUCUCUCAGGCUGGGGGAGGGCAUAGACUCCCACUACUCAACUUCGGAGCAGAUGGCUCCCCUAUAUCAGACUCCAACAGCCCAGCCAGUUGUAGUCGGUUGUUGCGGCACAGAUCGGGUAGAGGCCCGUGAUGUCUACUGAGGGAUUAAUGAGAUUGGACAAGUUCACAAAGCUUUUCCCAAUUCACUUUAGUGUUUCACCCUCUAAGGACCCACAUGAUUACUUGUAAUAUUGCCACGAGGUGUUGUGUAACAUCGCUAUUAUUGAGAUCAGUAGGGUCGACUUUGCAGUAUUCCAAAUAACCAGUUACACAAAGAGAUGGUGGAGAGUAUAUGUGUUAACAAGACCGACUGGUUUGCCUUCACUUACUUAGAUCAGUUUUCACAGUUAUUUCUAGAGAAGUUCAUUCCUUUUACUCUGAGAGAGGAGUAUCACAAGCAGUUUGUGGACCUAGCUCACCGUGUAGUUGUUUUACUCCCUCCUAAGAGGGAGAGAGUGAGGAAAUUCAUUGAUGGACUCACUUUUAGUAUCAGAUUACAGAUGGACAAGGAGACUAGAGCUGAUAUUUCUUUCGAAAGGGCCGUAGAGAUUGCUAGACGGAUCAAGAUGGUUUGUGGUCAGGAAAGGGGGCCGGUGUCUGAUAAUAGGACUCAUCAUUUUGGUGGUUUCAGUGGUGCCUUAUCAGGAUACAUUGGUACUUUUGGUAAAGGUCAUCCUCCUAGGUCAUUUCAGUCAAUGCUUCAGGCAUCCCACGGUGCUUCGGGUAGUCGUGGUCCUCAUGUAUCUCAUCCUAAGCCGCUAGCCUGCAGUGCACCAUCAACUCCUAUUAGUACACCUCCGAUCCAGAGUUAUUAGAGUGGUUAUCCAGGUCGACAAGGCCAGUUCCAGGGUUAAUAGUCACAACGGCAAAGUGCGUGUUAUACUUGUAGAGAUCCGAGCCACCUCUCUAGAUUUUGCCCUAGGUCACAGGGCGACAUGCCAUAAUAGGGUUCUCGUGGUUCUGG